CUCCCUCGCGCCUGGCCCUGUGGCUCUUCCUCCCUCCCUCCCUUCCCUCCCCCCACCCCACCCCUCGCCCGCUGCCUCCCUCGGCCCAGCCAGCUGUGCCGGCGUUUGUUGGCUGCCCUGCGCCCGGCCCCGCCGCGACGGAGAUGCCCCAGCUGGAGCCCACGCCAGGCUCGGCUCUCAGUCCAGCAGGCGUGCGCGGUGGCGCCCAGCGUCCCAGCCACCUCCCGGGCCUCUUGCUGGGAUCUCAUGGCCUCCUGGGGUCCCCGGUGCGCGCGGCCGCUUCCUCGCCGGUCACCACCCUCACCCAGACCAUGCACGACCUCGCCAGGCUCGGCAGCGAAACCCCAAAGAGUCAGGUAGGGACCCUGCUCUGCCGCAGCCGCAGCCGCCUUACGCGCCUAUCCGUGUCUCGACCGGCAUCCGAAUCCUCCCUGACGUCUGAAUCCUCCGAAUCUUCUGAUGCAGGUCUCUGCAUGGAUUCCCCCAGCCCUAUGGACCCCCAGAUGGCAGAGCAGACCGAGCAGUUUGCCAUCAGACGCUUCCAGUCUAUGCCGGAUGGAUUUGUCUUCAAGAUGCCAUGGAAGCCCACACGUCCCAGCUCCAUCCAUGCUCUGGCAGAGUGGGCCAGCCGCAGAGAAGCCUUUGCCCAGAAACCCAGCUCGGCCCCCGACCUGAUGUGUCUCAGUCCUGAGCGGAAGAUGGAAGUGGAGGAGCUCAGCCUCCUGGCCUUAGGUCGCUUCUCUCUGACCCCCGCAGAGGGGGAUACUGAGGAAGACGAUGGAUUUGUGGACAUCCUAGAGAGUGACUUAAAGGACGAUGAUGCAGUUCCCCCAGGCAUGGAGAGUCUCAUUAGUGCCCCACUGGUCAAGACCUUGGAAAAGGAAGAGGAACAGGACCUCGUCAUGUAGAGCAAGUGCCAGCGGCUCUUCCGCUUUCCGUCCAUGCCCUGCAGCAUGAUCCGGCCCAUUCUCGAGAGGCUGGAGCGGCCCCAGGACAGGGACAUGCCCGUGCAGAAUUAGUGGAGGCGGAGCGUGACCCCUCCUGAGGAGCAGCAGGAGGCUGAGGAAACUAAAGCCCGCGUCCUCUGCUCAGAAUCACUGUGUCACGAUGAGAUCCAGAAUCUCCUGGACAGUGACCAUCGAGAGCUGAUUGGAGAUUACUCUAAGGCCUUCCUCCUACAGACAGUAGAUGGAAAGCAUCAAGACCUCAAGUACAUCUCACCAGAAACGAUGGUGGCCCUGUUGACGGGCAAGUUCAGCAACAUCGUGGAUAAGUUUGUGAUUGUAGACUGCAGAUACCCCUAUGAGUAUAAAGACGGGCACAUCAAGACUGUGGUGAACUUGUCCCUGGAACGCGACGCCAAGAGCUUCCUGCUGCAGAACCCCAUCACACCCUGUAGCCUGGACAAGAGAGUCAUCCUCAUUUUCCAAUGUGAAUUCUCAUCCGAGCGUGGGCCCCGCAUGUGCCGUUUCAUCAGGGAACGAGACCAUGCUGUCAACGACUACCCCAGCCUCUACUACCCCGAGAUGUAUAUCCUGAAAGGCGGCUACAAGAAGUUCUUCCCUCAGCUCCCGAACUUCUGUGAACCUCAGGACUACCGGCCCAUGAACCAUGAGGCCUUCAAGGAUGAGCUAAAGACCUUCCGCCUCAAGACUCGCAGCUGGGCUGGGGAGCGGAGCCGGCGGGAGCUCUGUAGCCGGCUGCAGGACCAGUGAGGGGCCUGCGUCAGUCCUGCUACCUCCCUUGCCUUUCGAGGCCUGAAGCCAGCCGCCCUAUGGGCCUGCCGGGCUGCCGGCCUGCUGCAGGCCUCAGGUGCUGUCCAUGGGAAAGAUUGUGUGGGUGUCCUGCCUGUCUGCCCCAGCCCCGAUUCACCUGUGUCAUCCCAUCAUUUUCCAUAUCCUGGUGCCCCCCACCCCUGGAAGAGCCCAGUCUGUUGAGUUAGUUAAGUUGGGUUAAUACCAGCUUAAAGGCAGAAAAAAAAAAAAGAAAAAUGUAAAGUACUUUUUUUUUUUUUUUUUGAGGUGGAGUCUUGCUCUGUCGCCCCGACUGGAGUGCAGUGGCGUGAUCUCGGCUCACUGCAAACUCCGCCUCCCGGGUUCAUGCCAUUCUCCUGCCUCAGCCUCCCCAGUAGCUGUGACUACAGGCACCCGCCACCACGCCCGGCUAAUUCUUUUGUAUUUUUUUAGUAGAGACGGUGUUUCACCCUGUUAGCCAGGAUGGUCUCGAUCUCCUGACCUCGUGAUCCGCCCGCCUCGGCCUCCCAAAGUGCUGGGAUUACAGGCGUGAGCCACCGCGCCCGGCCUGGAAAGUACUUCUGAUUGGUUGCAGGCCACUCCUUCAUUUACAUAAUGUGUAACCAAGUAAACAAUGGAAAACCUCUAGAGGAAAUUUAAACCCCAGAAAAUUCUGUAACCAGUGCUCUUGAGCCACUUGCUCCAGCCUGCUCCUACUCUGUGGAAAGUACUUUCAUUUCAGUAAAUCUAUGCUUUCAUUGUUUCAUUCUUUCCUUGCUUUGUUUGUGCAUUUUGUCCAAAUCUUUGUUCAAAAUGCCAAGAACCUAGACGACUUGUAGUCAAGACCCUGCACUGGUAACAGUUGCACAUUUCUUAUUUAGUUAAUUCCUAGGUAUUAUUUUUUUUUAUUGUUAAUGUAAUGCCUUUUAAAAAUCCACUAUUUUGUAAAUAACAAAAAAUAUUUUGGGAAAGCUUUAAGUGUAUCAUCUUCUAGAAAAUAAUUUCCCUCCCACCCCAAAUUCUGCUUGAUUAUAUGAUUAUAUGUCUUCAUUUAAAAAUGUUACUAAUAAAGCAGUAGAAGAAAAAACCUGG